AUAUGUGAAAAAGGAGGAGACUCUGAUUCAUGUGGCGUUGAUAUUGAAUUUGUGAUUAUUCUAUAUGGACCUCGACGUUGGGAAAAUUAUCUUCUUUUAUUUGGCUAUGGGGUUUUUCAACCCAAGCAUCCUUUCGAGUUUUUCUUGAAUUUGAAGACUAAGCAUAUUUUUUUUGAGAGAUAUACCCUUUUGGCUUUGAAGGAAGGUGGAGUUUGACUUUGAAGCUGAAAGGGUUUUGAUUCUGCUGUUUUGUAGCCAGGUUUUGACGAGGUAUGACACAAUUUGGGUAGUUUUUGAUGGAUUUAAGAUUGAUACAGGGAUUGUUUUGCUAAGUGUAUUGUGUGUGCUUGAUUUUUAGAAGUGUAAGAUCUGUUGUAGGAAUCGAUAUCGAUUUAGUUUUGAUGGUUGUUGAAGCUUGAUGGAGAUGGAGUUCGAUUCCUCUCUUUUCCUAGUUUGAUGGGGUUGUUUCUGGGAUAUCGGUAUUUUGGAGGAAAAUCUUGAUUGAGAAGUAGGAAUCGGUAAAUAAAAGUAGCUUCAGCUUGCAAGAAUGGAUGAAGAAGGUAGUUCUUGGAUUAGGAGAACAAAAUUCUCUCAUACUGUUUACAACCGUUUGGAUACUUCCAGAUUGGCCUCUAUUUCUGUUACACCUCUGCCAACUCGAGGUCGGAGUUUGAAAAGACCCGAAUCGUCUUCUAAUUUGCUGAAAGCAGGCCCGAAUGUUGUCCAAGUUCAGCAGAGCCUUGCCAAGAACAAGCACCGGGCUGUGUCCCCUGCCCCAGAGGUGAAGCUCUCCAAAACCUUUGAGGAAGCCCGGUCAAACCAGAGGCGAUUCUCGACCCCGCAUCCCCGUGGGAAAUAUCAAGAGAAGGGUAUUCAUGGGAAGUUGAUUCCUAGAGAUUCCCUAGAGGCUACUCGUACUCCGAAGAUUAUUGGGUCGAAUUCACCAAGUGAUACUAGUCCCCUUAGGCACUUCACCUCUAUUAAGUUUCAUGAUAAGACGAAGAGUCAUAAGGAAUCAACUUGGAAUAAGUAUUUUGAUCAUGGUGCGGGGAGGGUCACCUCUGUGGAAACUGCAGACGAGCAUACAGUUGAUCUCUCCAAGUUAUUUCUCGGGUUGAGAUUUGCUCAUGGGGCACACAGUCAGCUUUACCAUGGGAUUUAUAUGGAUGAGGCUGUUGCAGUGAAAAUUAUCAGAGUUCCAGAUGAUGACGAAAAUGGAGCACUUCGUGCUCGGUUGGAGAACCAGUUUAGCAGAGAGGUUACUCUCUUGGCUCGUCUUCACCAUCCGAAUGUAAUAAAGUUCGUAGGGGCAUGUCGGGAUGCACCUGUAUAUUGUGUCAUAACAGAGUAUUUGCCUGAGGGCUCCUUGAGAGCUUACUUGCACAAGCUUGAGAACAAAACACUUCCUUUGCCAAAGUUAAUCUCCAUGGCUUUGGACAUUGCAAGAGGACUAGAAUACAUCCACUCUCAGCGAGUUAUUCACAGGGAUCUCAAACCAGAAAAUAUUCUGUUAACUGAAGAUUUCCACCUCAAAGUUGCUGAUUUCGGUAUUGCCUGCGAGGAGGCUUGCCGUGAUCUUCUGGCGGAUGACCCAGGUACUUAUCGUUGGAUGGCUCCUGAGAUGAUCAAGCGAAAGCACUAUGGGAGGAAGGUCGAUGUAUAUAGCUUCGGUCUCAUUCUUGCGGAGUUUGUGGCUGGUAAAAUCCCUUAUGAAGAUAUGACACCUAUACAAGCUGCUUUUGCCGUGGUGAAUAAGAACUUGAGGCCUUCUAUUCCCGUAGAUUGCCCACCUGCCAUGAAGGCUUUGAUUGAACAAUGUUGGUCUUCACAUCCUGACAAGAGGCCCGAGUUUUGGCAGAUUGUGAAGGUACUUGAAGAGUUUGAGUCUUCACUUGCUCGCGACGGAACCCUGAAACUUGUACAAAACCCAUGUCAUGACCAUAAAAAAGGGAUGCUUCAUUGGAUUCACAAACUCGGUCCGGUGCACCAGACUUCUUCCUCCUCCAUGCCCAAACCUAAGUUUUCGUGAUUGUUUUGGGUCAUCUGGGUUUUGUAGUUUUAGUAGGGGUCCGGUUGUAAUUAAAAAGGUGACAAUAAAUGUUGUUUUCUUCUACUUCAUUUAGUUUUGAAUAUUGUAAUUUACAUUUUAGUUGAUUCCGAAUUUUUAGAGUUGAUACUUAUUUGAAAGCUGUGCAA